AGGGGUGUGGGAAAAGGGAUGCCAAACACUGUCAGUAUGGGUGAUCAGCUGCAGCACAUGGAUGUCAGGGGCGACCGUACCGUUCGCAUAGGGAUAGCCUGCGUUUGGAGGGAAAGGAGAGCGAACGAGCGAACAGUGCACUGGUAUCUCGAGUCGGUGUUCAACGGAGGCACUGUAAUGCCGACACAUCCCUGGGCGCUGGUGGAGGUGCUCCGAGAGCAUCAAUAUCGAGCCAACCCUGACAUCGACGGCUACCUCGAGGCUCGCCGACUGGCGAGCGCUGAGCACCGGGACGUCGACAUCACUGUCCGGCGAAUGUCUAUCAGCGCCAGCGCCUCAACCAUCGCUGAAACCUCCGGCACCGGCAGUAGUGGACAGCCUAUGGAAACAACUGGAGCGGACGGGCAGGUGGUGGCUGAUAGUGGGCACGAGCGGUGCAUAACCCCAGCCCCGGACAACGGGCACAGCCCUGUCGACUGCUGUAUAUGCCAUCAGCCGGCAAUAAACCCUAUGCGCUGCACACCGGUAGCCGAGCGGCACCUACAGGUCGACGACUACAACCUCGAGUGCACUACCGUUCCUCACGUCAUGUGCUACCAGUGCCUCGCAAACUGCAUCAACACCUACAACACGCCGAUAGUGAACUGUCCGAUGGGCUGUCCCAACGAGUUUGUCAUGGAUAACCUGCGCACAGUCAACCGCACCUACACCCACAUGUCGGACCACUUGUUCAUACCGUGUCCGUACAACUGCGGGUUGUACGGCUCGCAGGCAGCCCUGGCCAACCAUGUCUGUCCAUUGGAAACGGCCGAUCGCGUGGGCCACACAUACCAGUCCCGUGUGAUUCACCGUCAACGCGAGGAAAUAGACGAUCUCAGGGCACAGGUAUCCCAAAAGGACUCACAGUUAGCGGCGAAAGACUCGCAGCUCCUGGAGUCGAGGGAAGGUAAUCGCCUAUUGAAGGACAAGUACGAGGAGUUUGUGAACCGGGAGGCGGCCUCCUAUGGCCCCCGUGUGGUGGCCGCUGAACGUACGGCCCGUUACCUCUACGACGAGCUCCUGUUCCGCGACUUACGGAUUGACAGCCAGGCGCUUACAAUCGGACAGCUUCGGGAGGAACUGGAGGCCGUGGAGUUCGAGCACGAGAGGGCUUUGGCGCAACUGAACCGACAGUACCAGCGAGUAGUCCGAGCCCUGGACGCCGAUAGGGGACGCCUAACGGGAGAGAAGGAACGCCUAUCCGAAGAGAUACGUAUACUUCUGGGCUGCGGUCCCGGGCCGGCCGGGCAGGCGCUCCAGCAGUUCAUAUGGGAGACGAGUAGCGCCACGAAUACCGGCGCCUCAGACGAUGAUAAUAGUCUGGGUAUACGACACAUGUUCACCUCACCGGACGAUACGGACAGGGAUGUGCCCCAAGAGGUCCUUGAGGAACAUCCCAGUGCUAGCGGUGAUGGUAUGGCUGAUAACGAAAGCACCGGUAGUAGCGAUGAUGGGAACGACACUCCCCGUGCUAUGCAACUGUGUUCGUUCCAAUGA